GUUAUGCAUUUUUGGCGGGAAAAGGACCGCGUUGCAAAAGAUUUUCAUCCACACUUUUUUUUAUUAUUAAUAACAAUCCCGCGUCGAAAACAACUCCAAACAUUUGCUGCUGUUGAGAAAUUAGUGCUACAUCGGUGAUUGUGUAUUAAAUAAACAUAAAAGAAAAUGGCACGACGCGAUUAUGCCCAAGACCGCGAAUCCAUCAAGACCUUUCUAUCGGAGUACUGCAAAUGCGACGACGAUGGCAAGAAGGAAUUCGUUUAUGGCUCCCAGCUGGUCAAGCUGGCACAUCGCGAGCAGGUAAUGAUGACCAUCGAUCUGGACCAUUUGGCCGAGUUCAAUGAGAGCCUGGCCGAGGCUGUAAUUGACAAUUGCCGACGCUAUGCGGCCAUAUUUAGCGAUGUGAUUGCCGAACUGCUGCCCAGCUACAAGCAGCAGGAAGUCCAUGCCAAGGAUGCCCUCGAUGUGUAUAUUGAGCAUCGUCUGCUGAUGGAUGCCCGCACCCGGAAUCCCAUGGAACAGCGGGAUGAGCGCAAUAGUUUCCCCUCAGAGCUAAUGAAGCGAUUUGAAGUGGGCUUCAAGCCGCUGUCCACGGAGAAGGCCAACUCCAUACGCGAGGUGAAGGCACAACAUAUUGGCAAAUUGGUCACAGUGCGCGGCAUCGUUACGCGUUGCACGGAAGUGAAACCCAUGAUGGUGGUGGCCACUUACACAUGCGAUCGCUGCGGCUCCGAAACCUAUCAGCCCGUGAAUUCGUUGUCCUUCAUUCCAGUGUCGGAUUGCCCCUCUGAUGAUUGCCGUGUGAAUAAGGCGGGCGGACGUCUUUACUUGCAAACACGAGGAUCCAAAUUUGUUAAGUUCCAGGAGUUAAAGAUGCAGGAGCAUAGCGACCAGGUACCCGUGGGACACAUUCCACGCAGCAUGACAGUUCUAUGUCGCGGCGAAGUCACUCGCAUGGCCCAGCCCGGUGAUCAUGUUCUGAUCUCGGGCGUCUUUUUGCCCAUGGUGCGCACAGGAUUCGCUCAGAUGAUGCAGGGAUUGCUCUCGGAGACCUUCCUCCAGGCCCAUCGCAUCAUUUGCAUCAACAAGAACGACGAGAUAUCCGAUAAGAGUGCCGAGUUGACGCCCGAUGAGUUGGAGGAACUGGCCCAGGAUGAUUUCUAUGAGCGUCUGGCCACCAGUUUGGCUCCCGAAAUCUAUGGACACUUGGAUGUGAAGAAGGCUUUGCUCCUCCUUUUGGUUGGUGGCGUGGAUAAGCGUCCAGAUGGCAUGAAGAUUCGCGGAAAUAUAAAUAUCUGUCUCAUGGGUGAUCCUGGUGUGGCCAAAUCCCAACUCCUGGGCUACAUAAGUCGCCUGGCAGUGCGUUCCCAGUACACCACCGGGCGAGGUUCCUCCGGGGUGGGUCUGACAGCGGCCGUGAUGAAGGAUCCCCUUACUGGCGAGAUGACCCUAGAGGGUGGAGCUCUCGUGCUAGCCGAUCAGGGCGUCUGCUGCAUUGACGAGUUCGACAAGAUGGCCGACACCGAUCGCACAGCCAUCCACGAGGUUAUGGAACAGCAAACCAUAUCCAUUGCCAAGGCCGGCAUCAUGACCACCCUGAAUGCCCGUGUAUCCAUAUUGGCAGCUGCCAAUCCCGCCUUCGGACGCUACAAUCCACGUCGCACAGUCGAACAGAAUAUCCAAUUGCCCGCUGCCCUGCUCUCGCGUUUCGAUCUGCUGUGGCUCAUCCAGGACAAGCCCGAUAGGGAUAACGAUUUGCGUCUGGCCAAGCAUAUUACUUAUGUGCACAGUCACAGCAAGCAACCGCCAUCGCGGGUCAAGGCCCUGGACAUGAAUCUGAUGCGACGCUACAUAAACCUCUGCAGACGCAAGAAUCCCACCAUUCCAGAUGAGCUCACCGAUUACAUUGUGGGCGCCUAUGUCGAGCUGCGCCGCGAGGCUCGCAAUCAAAAGGACAUGACCUUCACAUCGGCCCGUAAUCUCUUGGGCAUUCUGCGUCUAUCCACCGCACUGGCCCGCCUGCGUCUCUCCGAUCAUGUGGAGAAGGACGAUGUGGCCGAAGCUUUGCGUUUGCUUGAAAUGUCCAAGGACUCGCUGAAUCAGAUACACGAACACCAAAAGGGACAUGUGCCGAAUACGUCGGAUCGCAUCUUUGCCAUUGUACGGGAAUUGGCCGGCUCGGGGCAGGCGGUGAAAAUCUCCGAUGUCAUGGAUCGUUGCACCACAAAGGGCUUCAAACCCGACCAAGUGGACAAAUGCAUUUCGGACUACGAGGAGUUAAAUGUUUGGCAAGUUAACAUGGGGCAUACGAAAAUUACAUUCUUGUAAAGGAAAUGCCACAAGUAAGCGAGCCAAUUUAUCAUUUAUCUCAUGCUCUAUACAAAUUUACAUAUAUUUUAUUUAAUACUUGCAUUUAAUUUAUAUUCAUUUUUGAGAACUUUGGCGGAAAAGUCUAAUGAAUGAAUCAAUAUUGAGAAAGUUUUCUAUUAUAGAUAUAUAUGCAUAUGAAUUUACUGAUUGUUUUUUUUUUUUCAUUGUCUUUCCGAAUGGAAAAACGUUUUGUUAUAAGAUUUCAUCAUCUAAAUCCAUUCCUUUUGCCCAUUUACAAGUAAAUUAAUUAACUUGAAUGUUUUCUUGUGUCAUUUGUUCAUUAAAUAAAUAAAUAAUUCAUAACAAUAUUUUAAUUGCAA